AUGGCCGAGAACGGGGGGCCUUCUACAUCUAUUCUCACAAUCAAUGGCGAAUUGCCUCGCCGUCCACCAAUGGACUUACCUAUGCAGAAAUUCAGGCUCUACGAAACGCGAUCGAAAUUUUACAUGAUAGGUAGGGACAAGGGUAGGACUUGUUGGAGAGUCCUGAAGAUUGACAGAUUAGAUCCUUCUGAGCUCAGCAUACGUGAAGGUUCGACUACUUAUACAGAGAGUGAAUGUUCUGAUUUGUUGAGGCGGAUAAAUGAAGGAAACAAGGCCACUGGCGGUUUAAAAUUUCUUACCAUUUGUUAUGGGAUAGUUGGGUUUGUGAAGUUUCUGGGUCCAUAUUACAUGUUGCUAAUCACAAAAAGAAGAAAACUUGGUUCAAUAUGCGGUCAUAAUGUAUAUGCUGUCUCUAAGUGUGAGAUGAUUCCAAUACAAAAUUCUUCUGCACAGGUUGAUACUGUUGAUUCUAAGAACGAGAGCAGAUACAAGAAGCUCCUAUGCAUGGUGGACCUCACAAAGGACUUUUAUUUUAGCUACUCAUACCAUGUUAUGCGUAGUCUUCAAAGGAAUUUGUGUGAGAAAGCGAAAGGCCAAGUCCUUUAUGAGACAAUGUUUGUCUGGAACGAGUUCCUUACUCGUGGAAUUCGAAAUCACCUUCAUAAUACACAGUGGACUGUUGCAUUAGUAUAUGGGUUCUUCAAGCAGGAGUCGCUCUCUGUUGCUGGCCGCGACUUCAAACUUACCCUCAUUGCAAGACGUUCACGUCAUUAUGCCGGCACCAGGUAUUUAAAACGCGGUGUUAACGAGAAGGGAAGAGUUGCUAACGAUGUUGAGACAGAGCAAAUAGUUUGUGAGGAUGUACCCGAAGGGCUUCCAGUGCAAAUAAGUUCUGUUGUGCAGAACCGUGGCUCUAUUCCAUUAUUUUGGUCGCAAGAAACCUCCCGUCUGAAUAUCAAGCCAGAUAUCAUAUUGUCGAGGAAGGACCAAAACUAUGAAGCAACCAGACUUCACUUUGAAAAUCUCUCCAAGAGAUAUGGAAAUCCAAUUAUCAUACUGAACUUGAUUAAAACACGGGAAAAGAGGCCGCGAGAAUCAAUUCUUCGUACAGAGUUUGCUAAUGCUAUUAGUUAUAUCAAUAAAGAUUUAUCAGAAGAGAACCGCCUACGGUUCCUUCACUGGGACCUGCACAAACAUGCUCGGAGCAAAGCAACCAACGCUCUAUUACUUCUAGGGAAAGUGGCUGCAUAUGCGCUGACCUUAACAGGUUUCUUUUACUGUCAUGUAACACCCACUUCGGAACCUGAAGGCGGCCUUGGUUUCUCAUCAUCCGAGAAGGCUGAAAAAGGAGCUAUGUUUCCGCAGAAACAUUUUGAUAAUGGUCACGAGGAUACCAAUAACUUAGAGAGAAAGUUAAGUGGAGUUGGUAAUGUUGCUAACGGCAAUCAUUCUGCAAAGCAACUGAUGUUCCAGAAUGGAGUCUUGAGGACCAAUUGUAUAGAUUGUCUCGAUAGAACAAACGUUGCACAGUUUGCAUAUGGCUUGGCUGCUCUUGGAUCCCAGCUUCACACUUUAGGAGUAUUAGAUUCUUCCAAGAUAGAUCUUGAUGCACCUUUGGCUGAUCAUUUGAUGGGAUUUUAUGAAAAUAUGGGUGAUACACUUGCCCAUCAAUAUGGAGGCUCAGCUGCUCACAACAAGAUAUUUUCGGAGAGACGGGGUCAGUGGAAAGCAGCAACCCAGUCUCAGGAAUUCUUCCGAACUCUUCAAAGAUACUACAGCAACGCAUACAUGGAUGCACAGAAACAGGAUGCUAUUAACGUAUUCUUGGGUCACUUCCAGCCACAUCAUGGGAAACCUGCACUGUGGGAGUUGGAUUCAGACCAACACUUGAACUUAGGAAGUAAUGGCCAUGACAUUGAUACCAGGUCAUUUUUCAAAAGGUCAUUGUCAGAUGGAAACAUUCUUCGCCACAGUUGUUCCCCAGUAUCUGCUCCAAAUCUUGACCGAAAUAACUUUUCGAGAACAGCUUUUCCUGAACAAUGGCAUGGAGCAGCCAACAUUCCCUCAGAGUCUUCCCCUGAGAUAUCAACCUGUAAUGCCAAUUUGGCAUUUUUAAGGCACACUUCCCAACUACCUCACAGUCACAGACAGCUGUUUGGAGACAUACAAAGAGAUCAAAUCCAUGAAAGUGAUCAUAUUUACUUUUCUGAAGACACACUUAAUUGGUCAAAUUUUGUUGAUCUGGACUGGCUGUCCUCAUCCGGGAAUUCAUUUGAAGAUGAGCCAUUUGAUAGGACAUUAGUGCUCACAAACUCCCCCAGCGCUGGGCAGUCGUCAGAUAGUUGCGUCACAAAUGGAAUGAUGACCAGGGAGCCAACCCCAACUGCGAGUGAAUAUGGAUCCAUGAGGGUGGGACCGGAGACUGAAAUGGAGUUAUCUGUUGCUAGUAGUUCACAGCAUCCCAGUGCGUUGGAGGACUACUCGGAUAGUUUUGUUCAUUGGGUAAACUAUGGAGAAACACUCUGCCAUUGA